CUCCAAUUUGUGAAUUAGGGUAUAUAAGUCAUACAAAUCAUUUUAUGAUGAGAUGUGGAAAAUUAAAAAGAUGGCAUUGGAAGGAAUGAAUUUGAAGUGGACUGAUACUGCCCUUCUUGUACUUGAUAUGCAGAAAGAUUUCAUUUCACCAGCAAGUCCCGUACAUCUGAAAAGUGGCGAAUCCAUUGUACCGAAUGUUAUUAAGGCGGUUGAACUUGCUCGAAAUCGUGAUAUUCCCGUAAUUUGGGUUGUUCGGGAGCACGAUUCGUUGGGGCGAGACGUUGAAUUAUUUCGAAGGCAUUUUUACUCUACCGAUAAACCAAAACCAGCAUCUAAGGGUAGUGUGGGUGCAGAACUGGUUGAGGGGCUACAUAUAAGAGAUGGUGACUAUAAGCUUGUGAAGACGAGGUUUAGCGCGUUUUUCAACACGCACCUCCAUUCCUAUCUUCAGGGUCUUGGUAUCAAGAAGCUUGUAGUUGUUGGUGUUCAAACUCCCAACUGUGUCCGACAGACUGUUUUCGACGCGGUCUCGUUGGAUUAUCACACGAUUACUGUCAUUGUUAAUGCUACUGCUGCUGCAACACCUGAAAUACAUGCCGGUAAUUAA